GGAAUCGCGUUUGCUUUCCGGCGGGUCUCUAGGUGAGCGGAGAGUGUGUCUCGGCUGAGGUUCUGUUCCAGAAGAACCUGAUCUAGGGCUUGUGGCUGUGUAGGUGAGCAGCUCUAUGGAAAAGAUGGGCGAGGAAGCCAAUGAUGACAAGAAGCCAACGACUAAAUUUGAACUAGAGCGAGAAACAGAACUGCGCUUUGAGGUGGAGGCAUCCCAGUCAGUUCAGUUGGAGUUGUUGGCUGGCAUGGCAGAGAUCUUUGGCACAGAGCUGACCCGAAACAAGAAAUUCACCUUUGAUGCUGGUGCCAAGGUGGCUGUUUUUACUUGGCAUGGCUGUUCCCUGCAAUUGAGUGGCCGGACGGAGGUGGCUUAUGUCUCUAAGGAUACCCCUAUGUUGCUUUAUCUCAACACUCACACAGCCUUGGAGCAGAUGAGGAGGCAAGCAGAAAAGGAGGAAGAGAGAGGCCCCCGAGUGAUGGUAGUGGGUCCCACCGAUGUGGGCAAGUCCACAGUGUGCCGACUAUUACUCAACUAUGCAGUGCGAUUGGGCCGCCGUCCUACCUAUGUGGAACUGGACGUGGGCCAGGGCUCUGUGUCAAUCCCGGGCACUAUGGGGGCCCUCUACAUUGAGAGGCCAGCAGAUGUAGAAGAAGGUUUCUCUAUCCAGGCCCCUCUGGUAUAUCAUUUUGGCUCCACCACCCCAGGCACCAACAUCAAACUUUAUAACAAGAUUACAUCACGUUUAGCAGAUGUGUUCAACCAAAGGUGUGAAGUGAACAGAAGGGCAUCUGUAAGUGGCUGUGUCAUUAACACCUGUGGCUGGGUCAAGGGCUCUGGUUACCAGGCUUUGGUGCAUGCAGCUUCAGCUUUUGAGGUGGAUGUCGUUGUGGUUCUGGAUCAAGAAAGACUGUACAAUGAACUGAAACGGGAUCUGCCGCACUUUGUACGCACUGUGUUGCUUCCUAAAUCAGGGGGUGUGGUGGAACGCACCAAGGACUUCCGGCGGGAAUGUAGGGAUGAGCGGAUCCGGGAGUACUUCUAUGGAUUCCGAGGCUGUUUCUAUCCCCAUGCUUUCAAUGUCAAGUUUUCAGAUGUGAAGAUCUACAAAGUUGGGGCACCUACCAUCCCUGACUCCUGUUUGCCUUUAGGCAUGUCUCAGGAAGACAAUCAGCUCAAGUUAGUACCUGUCACCCCUGGCCGAGAUAUGGUGCACCAUCUACUGAGCGUCAGCACGGCUGAGGGGACAGAGGAGAACCUCUCUGAGACAAGUGUGGCUGGCUUCAUUGUGGUGACCAGUGUGGACCUGGAACAUCAAGUGUUUACUGUCCUGUCUCCCGCUCCCCGCCCACUGCCCAAGAACUUCCUUCUCAUCAUGGAUAUCCGGUUCAUGGAUCUCAAGUAGUGAUUGGUGUACAAGAAGUCUUGCUUUCUGGGCUGCAGAGAGAUCUGGUCAUCACCAAAGGCUGAUGGGAUAAAAUAAGAGAAUCUGUUGAGAGCUGCUGACCAGGAAUCAACUGUUGGAAAGUGGGUGUAUGCUCUACCUCUUAAAACAGUGAUGGUAACCAGACUACUAUAAUUUUGAACCAAAAGGAGAACCAUGAACAUUUACUUUUUCAGAUCACCUAAGGUGCCACUUCAAAUCGUCUAAGACCCUGGAGAAUUCCACUUCUUCCACUGUGCUACCCUGUGGGCUUUGGCAUCACUCUAUAUCCAUUAUAGAACACUCUCUCAUUUAUCCAGGAUGAACUUGAAUUAGAGGGAUGCCCACCAAUAAAGUUCAAACUUGAAAAGUUAUUUUAAUAAAUAUUUUUGCCAUAUCA